AACACCGGAAAAACAGAGUAAAAUGAAGCCUCGAUACUCGAUCGGGAUCAUCGAUUGAUGAUGGAUCUAGCGAAUUAGCAAUUAACCAGGCCGGCCGGCCGGCUAUGGGAUCGAUGGCGACAAUGACGGCGACGACAUCGACGCACGGGGCGGCGCUGGUCUGUGGCACGCACCUGAUGCGCAUCCGCGGUUACAGCAGGUGGAAGGCCAUCAGGUCCGCCGACUUCGAGGCCGGCGGCCACAUCUGGGCUCUCUCCUGCGGCUUCUACGACAAGCAACUCGUGUCCGUCUCCCUCGAGCUGCUCCACACCGACGCUGCCACGGACGUCGUCGCCGUGGCCACCUCAGGAUCCAAAGCCCGGCGGACCGAUGGAGGAUCGCCCAGUCGUGGAGUCGUCUUCCCCGCUUGGCCCUCUCUAUCGUCCAUGGCUACUUGCAGAUGCUGGGAGCUACCUCUCCCCGACAUGUUCCGUGGCCGGGAGCAUCUCUACGUCGACGGCGAGGACGGUAGUCUCUACGUCUACUGUGAGGUGGAAGUCCUACAGGAGGACACCGACAUACCGGCAGAUGCAGACCAAACCUUCAUGGUGCCGCCGCAGACAAUCUCCAGAGAUCUUGGCAGGCUUCUUCUAAUUCCGGGGCAGGGAGUGCCUGAGACGGAGUCGGAGUUGUUGCGAAGACGUUGCAUGUUGCCGGACGUGACCUUCAUUGUCGAGCAGACCGAGAUACAUGCGCACAAACUCAUGCUCGCCAUGCGAGCCAUGCUACACUUCAUCUACACCGAUCAGCUCCAACUAAAUAGCGCCGAUGAUGGUCGUACGCCUAUGAUGCUCGACCUACUUGUGGCGGAUCGAUACGACAUCGAAAGCCUGAGGCUCAUGUGUGAGAACAUGUUGUCCGAGAGCAUGGAAGUCGAAUAUGUCAUGUCGAUACUGAUGGAGGUUCAUGGCCGGCAUAGCUGUAGGUCGGUGGAGGCCUCCUGCAUCGAGUACAUGGCGUCAGAUCCUGCCGUGUACGCCACUGUGAAGGCAACGAAUGACUACGAGGAGUUGAAGGAGAGUUGUUGCUCUUUCGUACUCGAGGUCGCUGACAAAGUAGCAGCCGUCAACAUGACUCAUAACUUGUGCUCCAAUGCUCCUUCCUCCUCCAGCAGCCGACCGCAGAUGAAUGUGUGCACACAUUACUCAUUGGAGGUGGCCGAGGGCACACACGAGUUUAAAAUCCCCCAUUUUGUCUUUGUGCAAAGGAGGCAUGGAGUUGGCAAAGAAAUCAAUUCCGAAGCUUUCCUGGUCGGCGAUUACGGUUGGAAGAUAAGGGUAUACCCGUCGUCGUCAUCAGAGAAGGCACAAGGGCACAUCUCUGUGUACGCCGAGCUAUUGACUGAUCCUGGACCUGAAGGUGUCAAUGUGACAUUGGGCUUUAAGUUGGAUGAUCAUAGUGGCGAGUCACCGCAUUUGAUGAAAUGGUUAGAGAAAACCUUUACGACCAAGUCAGAUUGGGGAUAUGCAAAGUUCGUCACCAUUGAAUCUGCCAAGUCAUGUCACCUAGCAGAUGAUGGAUCCCUUACCAUACGUUGUGAUGUUGCCAUCAUCAAGAAGGUCCACACUUGUAGUACUAGCACCACCACCAUGGGCACCAGAGCCACAAUGCCACCGUCUGAUAUUGCCUCUCACCUGAAGCAGUUGUUGGUGAGCGAGCACGGGUCGGAUGUAUGUUUCCUGGUCGAGGACUGUGAGCUCCGCGCGCACAACCUUGUGAUAGCCGCACGAUCACCAACCCUAUAUAAGAUGAUGGUAAUGGGCAACAAGGAUGACCACGUCAUACCGGUUCACGAUGUGACGGUCGAGGUCUUCAAGGCCGUGCUCCACUUCAUCUACACCGAUGAGUUGCCUCCAAUUCAAGACCUAGUCCAUGAUGGUGCUGACCAAGAUGAGUUGAUGAUAGCGGAAGAUAUGCUGGUUGAGGCGUGCUGGUUCGGUCUCGAUAGGAUGAAGGCCAUGUGUGAGAAUUUGCUGGUUAGGUUCCUCGACUCGGAAGAAGAUGCAUUACAAACGAUAAAGCUGGGCUGCGAUCUCCAAUGCUCAAAGCUCAUAAAUUACUGCCACCAGUUCAUCAUGUUGACAGAACUUAGGCAAAUACAAGGUGAAAAUGUUUCCCUGGUCGACCGUUUUGGCACAUGUGUGUUUCUAGGCAUUUCAACAAGUGACUACAUACGGAGCAAACCGAGUGAAUCUACACUCUAAAAUAUGUCUACAUACAUCCGUAUGUGGUAGUCAUUUGAAAUGUCUAGAAAGACAAAUAUUUAGGAACGGAGGGAGUACUUGCUUAUAUAUAUAAGGUAUUUCUUCUUUACCAAGAUAAAAAAGGCUUUCGUUUCUGGUCUAGGCAGCGAAAGGAAACACACAUCUUUGUUUUCUUGCCGACCUACACAUCUAGUUACCCUAUAGAGAUGAGCAUGGGGCUGCUAUUGUACAAUAUCAGAUCAUUGAUGGUGUGUGUUGCCGCGCUUGUCCAUUUUUACACUAUAAUGAAAUUUCAUAA